GAGGCAGGGGCGCCAUGGCGCACAACGCCGUCCAUGCCCGGAUUGCCUCGUGUCGUUCAUCCGAGCGCUCCUAGAGGUGUAUAAGUGUUCCCCCGAUUCCGUUGACAAACCCUAGCCCCCGAAAUUCCCCCUCUCCCACUCGCGUUUCUCCUCUGAACCUCGUGCCCGAGAUGUCAUCACCGCGCCUUCGUCGAUCCCGCGGCCACUAGCCAGCCCGCACCGUCCCGACAUGUCCGGAGCUCCGCCUCGCUCCUCUGCUUCGACUACACCAAAUGGCUCGAGCUGGGAGCCUCUACAUCGCCGGGAUCGAGUGCUUCUUCCUCUUCGGUCGCCGGUGCGCCACCGCCCAACUACUCUGCUCCGAUCACUCCGGCCUUCCCUCGCCGCGCCAAGCCAUCCAGGAGCUCCCCCAUCGUCGUCUCCUUUGCCCUCGCAUAAGGGCCCGAGCUGGGAGGCCCAGUACGGUCACCAUCGCCGUCGUCUUCGCCCACGGCCGCCGCAUCUCGUCGUCGCGUUCUUCGUGUCCGGCCACCCCCGCGCUCCCUGACCACAUCCACAAGCUGCGCGACCUCGAGACCGAUGCUGCCCCUGUGAUUGACUACGUCGACGACGACCCCUUCUUGCCAGAGCAACCAG